AUGGAAGAAUCUGUCAAUUUCGUCAAAGGAUACGGCAAAGUUAACCCCUCCGACGACGAAACAACUGCCGUUCCAUGCCAAUCUCCGUCACCGAAACGCCGUAAAACCGUCGCUGCCGUCAUUACUCUAGGCCUCUUCGCAAUCAUUGUCGGAUCAAUAGUUGGAGCUGCGGAGGUUCAUCAUCGGCGCACCAAAUCACCGGAGCCCCAAUCUUCUUCAGUCAAGGCGGUAGCUUCCAUCAAAGCCGUGUGCGCGGUAACGCAACAUCCGGAGUCAUGUUUCACCGACGUUUCCACCAUCGAUUCCGGUAACUUUUUCGAUCCGGAGGUGAUUUUCAACCUCACGCUCCGGCUCGCGAUCAACGAGCUCACGAACAUCUCGUCGUUGCCUAAAACCCUAAUUUCGAAGUCGCACGAUCUACGAACCGGUUCUGCGUUGCGAGACUGUGCGACUCUGUUCGAUGACGCGUUGAGUCAACUCAGUCGGUCGGUGGAGGCUAUGCGUGUGGGGCCUGUCGGCGGGGAGAAGUUGUUGACGGAGGAGAAAGUGGCGGAUAUGAAGACGUGGAUUAGCGCUGCGAUGACGGAUCAGGAGACGUGUGUGGAUGGAUUGGAGGAGAUGGGAUCGACGGCGGUGGAUGAAGUGAAGUCGAGGAUGCAGAGAUCGAACGAGUACAUGAGUAACAGCUUAGCAAUACUCGCUAAUAUUGAAACCAUACUUGACCAAUUUGGGCUUCGUCUGCAUUGA